UGUGGGACCCUGGAGAAUUGGGACAAGGGGGGCGGCUACACCCCAGCUGCAUUUUUCUCUACCAGCCGCAGUAAACAAUUAGUCUUUUCAUGUCCCUCCCCAACCACAAACAUCUCGCACUGGGCUCCCUCCUGUCAGUGUCACCAGAAGGAAGCCAGGGCAGCCCUGCUACAGGUGUCCAUCCCUGUCCUCCCUAUUCGCCUCUACAGGAUAAACCGACAUCUUGUGAUAACAGCCUACAAGGGAACAAAUUUUGUGAAGAUCCAUGUGACCGCUUCUUUGGCAGACGCUCAAUAUAACAAUGAAAGGAAAUGCUUUCCUAAUCACAUAAUAAAUAUCUUCUCGCCAUAGACUCCAUUUUUUUUUUCAUUUUUGGGAUCAAGCCUCCAUCUGCUCCAGUACAGUGAGGAUCUUCUGCUAAAAAGCCUGGAGCAAGAAUGAAAGACAGAGAAACAGUAGCAAUAAGUCACUACCUCAAACCAGCCAUCGGUGGUAGCAAGACAGAAGUUAUAGGGACACCUUCCAUGCCAAAUGCAGGAAUCCUAACCUCAUCAGGUGUGACAGCACCCAAACAAAAUGCCUUUGGAUUAACCACAUCUCAGCACUUUCGAGCCAGUGUCCAACUUCAGAGGCUUAAUAGCCAAUACCAAGGAUCUGCUGACACACAGCACUGGGCUUUGAACAGUCAGGUAUCCCUCACAAGCGGAGCUGGAAUAUUUGACUUGGAUCGUGUAGACGAAGAGGUCCUCAAGUCUUUGGUUUUGGAGAUGGGUCUAGACACAGCCAAUGAACUUCCAGAACUCUGGCUCGGGCAAAAUGAGUUUGAAUUUGCUCCAGAACAGUUACUGACACCAGAGAAAUAAAAUGUGUCUAAUUUACAUUGGAAUAUUGUUAUCAAAUACACAAAUACAACAUAUUCAAUAGGCCAUAGCACGUAUAUUUAAAGCGAUAACUCAAAAAAUCAGUCCAUUUAGAGGGAAGUUACUCCUACCUCUGUGAUUUCCCUCCCUCUUUACAUUAUGAUUUGGAGAGAGCAUUCCUUAUAAACACAUUUUAUAUUCACAGAUACUUGGUGUAUGACUGUAUGACAGCGUAACACCCAGCACAGACUGGUGACGCUGCAUACAGGGACAUAGCUAUAGGGGUUAGAAGGCACACCCAGGCCUUGGUGUCUGAGGGGGCUAAAGGGCCCUAUUACUGAUUUUGCAUUGGGGCCCAGCUGACGGCAUAUGUACAUUUUCAGAUUAUUCAAAAAUUAUUAAUUUAUGUUAAAUGUAAAUCAUUUCCUGUAUAAUGUAAUUUCAUUAUUAAAUACUUGGAAACUUG